ACAACAACAUCAGCAGCAGCAGCAGCAGCGGCAGCGUCGUCGUCCAGCGACGUCAGCGUCGCCGCAUGGAAAUCGCAAAAAACCGCAUGACAAGGAAAUGGAAAAUUUUUGUUCAGCCAAAAAAACCAAAUGUGAACGCAAAGCAAAAGGCAAAACCAGGCAGGAGAGAAAAAACAAAACAAAAUCGAAAGAAACAACGUGCGUGUGUUUGAGUGCUACAAAGUUUAACAAAAAGGUAGAAGAAGAAGAAAACGCAAAAAGAAGUUUUUAAUUCAAAUAAAUAAUAAAACGAAAAGCCGGAGAAAAGCGAAAGAGCGAGAGAAAGAGGAAGCUUAGCAGCCGCAAGAAGCAGCAACAAGAAGCAACAUAAAAAAGAAGACGAGAAAUUAAAAUACUAAACAGAAAAGCGGCACAAACACAAACAACAAAAUAAUAUUAAGUAAAGGAGGAGCAAAAGAAGAACCGUAAGAAGCAGCCGGUAAAAUUUCAAAAGUUUGCGUAAAAAACAAAAGGAAACAAAGCCGCAAAAAUAAAAUCUACAACUUAAAUCAAUGGAAAAGCAGCGUAAACAAAUAUAAAUCCGUGCAAUACAAACUAAAUAAACUCCGCCGUAGCCCUUCAGCAUCUUGGAGAAUAUAGGAAAUACCAUACAUUACAUCGUUGCAGUUGUGGUUGUAGCCCCCAGAACCUAAAAAGAUAACAACUGCAUAAAGGAUACCAUAUAAAAUAUAUAAAUAUAAUAUAAUAAAUAUUAUAUCGCUGCCAUGGCCAGCAGCGCGACAAACGUCGACGGCGGCGGCAGCGCUACGUCGGCGGCGCUGCCCUCGUUAUUUUCGAGCGCUGCCAGCGUUGCUGCCGCCGUUGGCGCCGCUGCCGGCGUUAAGGAUAUGGACGGACUGAUUGCCAUUAACGAUAGCGCCCUAUCGCAACAGAUCGAAUUUAUACUGCAAGACGCUCCCAUGGAGCAGGACGACGAUCCGCAUCAGCAUUCGCACUCGCAUUCGCAUCAUCAAACGCACUCGCACUCGCAUCCCCAUCAUCAUCAUCAUCAUAAUCCUCACCAGCAACAGCAGCAGUCGCAGUCGCAGUCGCAGUCGCAUCAUCAUCUCAAAUUAGAGAGCAGCAACAGCAACAACCACCCACCGACAGUCGCAGCAGCUUCCGCAGCAGCAGCCACUGUGACCACAACAAACAACAGCGCUUCCUUCAAUACAAACAACAGCAACAACAGCAACAGCAACACCAACAAUAGCAGCAGCAACAGCAGUAGCAGCAACAGCAAUCAUCUGGAUAACCAGAUCCUCCUCCAACAGCAGCAACAGCAGCAGCACCAUCUCCUCAACGGUCGCCGGAUCAUCAUCCAAACCACCAGCAGUGGCAGCAGCAAUCAGGCUGCCACAGCCACAGUUUUGGCUGCCAGCGACAUUAAGGAGGAGGAGGAUGAGGAAGAGGAUCCAGAGCUAAACGAUGAGAACCUGCAGGACAUCGAGGAGGAGGCCCAGGCAGCGGAGGCCGAUGAAGAGCCAGAGACCACGGUCCAGCAUCAUCAUCUGUCCUCCACGCGCGUUAAACUCGAGCUGGAAGAGGACGAAGAGAUGCCCGAUGAAGAUGAUGAGGAGGAAGAGGAUGAGGAUGAGGAUGAGCAUGCCCAGUUGGAAUAUCAAAUCAGCACGAGUAGUGCCGGUUCCGGUGGGAGUGCAGCAGCAGCAGCAGCAGGAGGAGGAGGAGGAACAGCUGCUGCUGCCGGCCAGCAACAGCUGGUACAAUUGCCGGCCGGCAGUAUAGUGAGCACCACCCACCGAUUGGCUGUCCCUGUCACCGAGGCUGCCCUCGUCCAGCUGCAACGGCGACCUGUUUACAUUAGCAAUGCGGUGGGCGGUUUGACAGCCGGCACAACAUACGUUCGUAUGCCGGCAACGGCUGUGAUCAGUCGAAGUCCCAUGACGGUGCUGAAUGUGGUGCAACAGGCAAUGCCAGCCACCCAAUUGAUACUGCAGACCCAGGCACCAGUGCAACAGCAGCAGCAGCAGCAGCAACAGUCGCAGGCUUCGGAUCAGCAAUUGGCCUUGGCCUUGGCGCAGCAACAACAGCAGCAGCAAGCUCAGCAGCAGGCUCAACAACAGGCGCAGCAGCAACAGCAACAGCAGCAAGCCCAACAGCAGCAAGCCCAACAGCAACAGUCCCAUCCAGUGAAACCUCCAGCAGCAGCAGCAGCAGCAUCAUCCAGCUCUUCCUCUAGCAAUAAUAACAACAGUAACUCCAACACCACAACCACCAACAACAACAACAACAGCAGCAACACCAACACCACCAACAACAACACAACAACAAACACCAAUGCCACCAGUUACCAGUGCGUGGAAUGCGUCGAAAAGUUCGAUUCCAAGGAGCUCUUCGACAUCCAUCGCAGCGGACAUGCCAACAACAUGAAGUGCGCCAUCUGCAACAUGGUGCUCAAGUCGUUGAAGAACUAUGAGAAGCACUGCCUGCGUUGCAAGCCCUACGAGUGUCAGAUCUGCGGUCGUGUUGUCCGCUUUCGACCGAACUUCAUCAAACAUAUGCGAGUGCAUACUGGCCAACAGUCGGAGCGGCACAAAUACAAGUGCGAGGUGUGCCACAAGGAGUUUAUGAGCUUCGAGUACUUUAAGGUGCACAAGAAAAUCCACAACGAGAAUGUGAAUCUCACCUGUGAGAUCUGCGGCAAGGUGUUUAGUGCCCUCGCCUCGCUCCGUGGCCAUUCAAAGUUGCAUUCGGGCGUUAAGUUGCACAAGUGCGAUGUCUGCGGCAAGGGUUUCGGGCAGCGUUACAACCUAAAGAUUCAUGCCAGAACGCACACAGGAGACUUUCCCUUCGAGUGCAAGAUCUGCAAGAAAAAGUUGCACACACAAUCCUCGCUCCAGACGCACAUGCAGGUCCAUUUGCGGGAUCAGCCUGGAGGAGCGGCGGCAGCAGCAGCAGCAGGAUCAGCGACGACGGCAUCAUCGAAGGCAUCAAACAGCAGUAAUUCGAGCAACAGCAGCAACUCCAGCAGCAGCAAUUCGAGCAGCAACAGCGGAACGGCAGCAGCAGCAGCGGCAGCGGCCGUGGCGGCGGCAGCCACAACGACGACAAUCGUAAAGCUAGAGCCACCGCAUGAGAUGGAUCGCCCGGGCACCAGCAACCAGCUGCAUCAUCAGCAACAGCAGCAGCAGCAUCACCACCUGCAGCAGCAGCAACAUCAGUUGGAUAUGGACGAACAGUCUGGCAUGAGCGGGGACGAGGAGGAUGGCAGUGGCGGCAAUGUAAUGGUUAACUCCUCCUCGCAUAUUGUGAACGCAACCACCAAUCGCUUGACCACCGGCGAGGAUUCAUCCAAUGAAUCCUCGAAUGCCUCGCUACACCAGCCGCUACACUCCUCCUCCUCUUCCUCGCCAGCAACGCAGCACCAGCAGCAGCAGGUGCAGCAGCAACAGCAGCAAUAUCUCGUUACGGCGCCCACCAGAACGAUUGUCAUCAAGAACUACAUGCAACAGGGCAACCAGCAGCAGCAACAUACCUCCGAUACAACGCCCGUGCUGCAUGCCCAGGUCAUCCAAAGCGGUGCAGGCACCAGCAACGGCAGCGGGAACAACUCUACCACCAUUUCCUCCUCCUCUAGCAGCAGCAAUCUCAGCAAUGGCUCUCAGUUGAUACGAAAGACGCCAAUUAUUCAUCAUUCAACCAAUAAUACCAACAGCACCGGCAGCAGCGGAGUAGCGUUGACCAGCGUAGUGCAGCAGACAGGUGUUGUUUCGCCCGCUCAAUCGCCAUCAUCGUCCUCGACCUCGUGCUCCUCGCAAACAGUGCUCGUAUCAAAGGCCACCGGUGUGCCACUAUCCAUUGCCUCAUCGGCAGCGGCGGCGGCAGCUUUAGGUGGCUCUACGAUUAUACGUAGCACUAGGAACCACCACCAGCAGCAGCAGCAACAGCAGCAGCAACAAACCCAACAACAGCAACAGCAGCAGCGGGUGACGCAGCAGCGUAAUAACCACCGAAACCACCACCGACGUCGUCAUCUGGCGGAUAUGGAUGAUGAUGAAGAUGAGGACGAAGAUCAGCAGCAGACGCAACAGCAGCAGCAGCAGCAGCAAUCCCUGCAUCAUCAUCAGCAGCAGCAUCAUCAUCACAAUCACCAUCAUAAUCAUCAUAAUCAUCACAAUCAUCAUUUCGAUGACGAUGAUGACGAUGAGAAAUCAUCACCGUCCCUGGCCACAGCAGCCAUCAUAAAGGUGGAACCAAAUCUAUAUUCCUCCGGUUCCGGCGAUAACUCCAACGAUAUGUUCAUCAAGGAGGAGGUCAUGUUUGAGGAUUCAGCGGCACCGCAUUCCCCCCAAUCGCCACCAAGUUCGAAAUUUCGCAUAUCGAACUUUGAUAGCGAUCUGGUGGACCAUCAUGUGGAUUUGAAUCAUUCGCUGCCGCCGUAUGGUAACUUGUUUGAGCCGCAUUCGAUACCGGAUAGCAUACCCGUACAGCUGUAUCCGGACGAUGAUGAUGACUUUCGGCUGGAUCAUAGUUCGCUGGGUGGACUGCAUAAUACGACAUCGUCGUCGACCACCGAUGGGGAUUUCAUUAAGAAGGAAUGGGUCUAUGGCACCGGCACCAGUUCCUAUGCCAUGAACGGCAAAUUUGAUGAUGACAGCGAUGCGCUAUGCGAUGCGGCCAAUUUCAUAUACAAUUGAGUGAUUACGAGAAUGGAAAGAGAGCGGGAGCAGGAUUAUCAUCAGUAUCAUCAUCGCAGGAGCAACAAUCAUCAUCGAGAGCAGGAGAAGACCGCAGAGAAGGAGCUAAAGUUGAAGGCGGAUUAUCGCAGCCAUGUAGAGCUGAUGGAAGGAUGGUUGUUAUUCAGCCACCAAGUUCAUAGCCUAUAUACACACGUAUAUAUUAUAUAAAUGUCCCCCCGUAUUCCCCCCGUAACCAUUUAAAACACACACAAACACGCACACCUCUCACAACAAAUUUUACACAUCUCGGAUACGAUGCAAUAUGUAUAUAUGGUUAUUUUAAACUAAUUUCGC